CCGCCACCGCCACCGCCGAGCGAGCGCCCCGCGCACCGCGCACGGACACUGCCGCUGCGCGCCAUGUUCCACGCAGCCGAGCACGCCCCGGAGUGGGCCGCGGAGGGCCUCCGGGAUGGGAUGAAGAAGGAGCGGCUGCUGGACGAUCGCCACGACAGCGGCCUGGACUCCAUGAAGGACGAGGACUACGAGCAGAUGGUGAAGGAGCUGCGCGAGAUCCGCCUGGAGCCGCAGGAGGCCACGCUGGGCGCCGAGCCCUGGAAGCAGCAGCUCACUGAGGACGGUGACUCGUUCCUGCACUUGGCCAUCAUCCAUGAAGAGAAGUCACUGACCAUGGAAGUGAUCCGCCAGGUGAAGGGAGACCUGGCUUUCCUCAACUUCCAGAACAAUCUGCAGCAGACUCCACUCCACUUGGCUGUGAUCACCAACCAGCCAGAAAUUGCUGAGGCGCUUCUGGGAGCUGGCUGUGAUCCUGAGCUGCGAGACUUUCGAGGAAAUACUCCUCUCCACCUUGCCUGUGAGCAGGGUUGCCUGGCCAGUGUGGGAGUCCUCACGCAGACCUGCACCACACAGCAUCUUCACUCCAUCCUGCAGGCCACAAACUACAAUGGCCACACGUGUCUGCACUUAGCAUCUAUCCAUGGCUACCUGGGCAUUGUGGAGCAUCUGGUGUCCUUGGGUGCUGAUGUGAAUGCUCAGGAGCCCUGUAAUGGCCGGACAGCCCUCCACCUUGCAGUAGACCUGCAGAAUCCGGAUCUGGUGUCACUCUUGCUCAAGUGUGGGGCUGAUGUCAAUAGAGUUACUUACCAAGGAUAUUCCCCUUACCAACUCACUUGGGGCCGACCAAGCAUACGGAUACAGCAGCAGCUGGGUCAGCUGACCCCGGAAAAUCUCCAGAUGCUACCAGAGAGCGAGGAUGAGGAGAGCUAUGACACGGAGUCAGAGUUCACAGAGGAUGAGCUGCCUUACGAUGACUGUGUGUUUGGAGGCCAGCGUCUGACGUUAUGAACAGAAAAUGU